AGAGAGAGAGAGAGAGAGAGAGAGAGAGAGAGAGGGAGAAUGGAGGAGCGUGGUGCGAUGGUGAGCAACAAGCAAGUGGUGCUGAGGGACUACGUGAGCGGGUUUCCCACGGUGGAGGACAUGGAGGUGAGGAGGGGAGAGAUGAAGCUGGAGAUUCCUCGAGGGUCGAAGGCGGUGGUGGUGAAGAACCUCUACUUGUCAUGCGACGCCUACAUGCGCCUCCUCAUGAACCGAACCACCACCGACUUGCUCACGCCUUACACUCCCGGCUCACCAAUUUCUGGGUUUGGAGUGGCCAAAAUUGUCGACUCCGGAAGCCCAAAAUUCAAAGUGGGCGAUCUAGUUUGGGGCACGACUGGAUGGGAAGAGUAUAGUCUCAUCACCAACCCUGAAGGCCUCAGUAAAAUCGAGCACACUGAUGUGCCUCUUUCUUACUACAUUGGCAUUCUUGGUAUCCCGGGAAUGACUUCUUAUGUUGGCUUCUACAAAGUAUGUUCCGCCAAGAAAGGAGACACCGUCUUCAUAUCGGCUGCGUCUGGUGCGAUUGGACAGAUCGUGGGACAGUUUGCAAAGUUGACGGGAUGUUAUGUUGUUGGCUGCGCUGGAAGUAAAGAAAAGGUUGAUUUGUUGAAGAGCAAGUUUGGUUUCGACGAUGCAUUCAACUAUAAAGAAGAACGUGAACUCGCAGCUGCUUUGAAGAGGUACUUUCCUGAAGGUAUCGAUAUCUAUUUCGAUAAUGUCGGGGGGGAAAUGCUCGAUGCGGUGCUCGUCAACAUGAGAGCUCAUGGCAGGAUAACCUUGUGUGGAAUGGUGUCCCAGUACAGUAGCGAUUCGCCCGUGGGCGUGACCAACUUGAUGCAUGCCAUUUACAAAAGAGUCCGUAUCGAGGGAUUCGCGAUUGCUGAUCACAUGAACGAGUACUCCAAGUUCCUGGAAUUUAUGCUGCCUCACAUCAGGGAAGGGAAAAUAGUGUACAUCGAAGAUAUAGCGGAAGGGUUUGAGAAUGGUCCGUCGGCUUUGGUUAGAAUCUUCAACGGCCGCAAUGUCGGAAAACAACUAGUAGUGUUAGCAAGAGAAUGACGAGGUGCACUUUAUGUGUUUGAUCCACUCCUGCUAUGAUGAGAAUCGAGUUUAACCGCCAGUUCGACGGCAAUAAUGAAAUAAGGUUGUUCUUGUAA